CAGUACUUGGUAAUUUCCCACAGUCUCGCCGCGGCCACACUCUUUGUCAGGUCGAACCCAAGGUAAACUCCCAUAAAGCGUAAAAAUUAAAGAUACUAUUUCUGCCAAGCAAUCUGGACUCGAUACCAAGUAAUCCUGUACACCGUGUAAUAAGAAUAGUGCUUGUUUUCGUAACGUACGUAUGUAGUGGAAUUACAUAAAACGCAAUUGUCUUAAGGCCAGCACUUUUUUUAUCUGCUGGUGACGAAGUGGUUGUCAUUGUGAGUUCACAUCCGUGUGCCUGUAUGUGUGUGAACUUGUGUUGAUUUUGUCCGUGCGAGCAAGCGAGAUAGCUAGAUUGGGCGGGGGGCUGGCCCCAGCCACAGAGUUUCGAUUUUUCCAUCCAUAUAUCUACACUCGCAGCGGAAAAGAGAGUGAGCGAGGCACGACCAGAGAGCGCCCCAUCUGGUCUGGGCACAUUUUACCACACUGCGUCUUUGUCUGCCGUCUAGUCGGGAGCUCCGCGUCUGCAUACAUACAAUAUUUUAUUGCUGGUUUUGGUGGUAAAUUUGCAUUGUUAACGGCCGCGGCCAGACGUGCCCCGCUUCUUUAACACACACGUCUCUCAAACGAAUACCGAUCAUCAAGUGUUUCCCCUAUUGACUCUCGUAUAUAGCCACAUGUAAAAACCAAUAAAUAGCGAUACUGAUACCGAAAGCAACUAAACCGAAAGUGUAUACUAAAUACAUGCCCGUAUGUACCACAUAAGACUGCCAUCUGCCCCUUGCGUUGCCGUGCCGUGUCGUGCCGUUGACACUUUUGUAUCUGGCCGUAUCCGUAUCUGUAUCUCAAACUCACUGACCAACUACCGCAAGCGCAAAUGCAAAUGUAAUCUGCAAACUGCAAUAUGCAAAAUGCAAACUGCACACCUGAAUCUCAGCGCAAGUCUUAAACGUUUAAUCCUCGAACUGCCUACAAUACCAACCAACCUAUCAGCCAUCCUGUGCCAAUCAACCAACCAACCUAUCAACGGUCUACCGCCACUGGCAAACCAAACGGCUUUAGUUUCUGUGUGAUUACGAGAAAAGUCCAAAGAAAGCUCUCGCCCAGUCGAAAGUCGAAUAGCAACAGCAGCAGCAGCAGCAACAACAGUGCGGCAGCAGCAUCUGCAGCAGCAUGCUGAACUCAAAUGCCACCGGCGGCAACAACAACAACGGCAACAAUCAUGGGGGCAGCAGCCGUCGGCCCUUUUCCCGCAAUUCCUCAUCGGUCCGCUCGCAACGCGGCGGUGGGGGCGGACUAGGCGGUCGCAUGCUCUACUCGCCACACCCACAUUCGCACCCGCACGCCCAGCAGCAGCAACAACAACAACAGCAGCAACAGGGGCAGCAGCGUUCCAGCAACAACAACAAUAACAACCUGUGGCUGGGCAACAGUCCAUGGUGCAACGUCAAUUUGAACGGUGGCAACGGCAACAACAACAAUAACAACAACGGUGCCAACAUCAUAAACAACAACAAUAACAACAACAACGGUGGCAACAUCAACAACAACAACAACAAUGUCAAUAACAAAGAUGCAAACCCAAAUUGCGAUGUACAAACAAGUAAUUCUAGCGGAACUUGUAUUUAUAACAAUAGCAAAGCGCAUCAUCAUCACAACAACAGCAACAACAAUGGUCACACUCAGAGCCACAGUCACACUAAUCAUUCCCCCCACCAAGGUCACCACCACACCCACCACCCCCAAAUGCACUCACCCCACCACCCGCAUUCGAGUUCACCACAGCAGUUAAACAGUUACCGCCAAUACCCACCGCAUACCUAUUCCCCCAACUCCCCACACAGCAAUGGUCAUACAAACAGCAAUGCUAGCAACAAUCCCAGUAGUCAGCGUAGUAAUCCCCAAGUCCAUCCUAGCCAGAAUCAGAAUUCCCAUUCCAAUUUCUACGAGAUGUGUACGGGAAGUAGGGGAUCCCACACCUAUGGAUCCAUGUCCGUUUCCCUGGUGCGACUGAAUCCCGCCCGUUUGUGCCUAACGCUUGGCCCUGCCACGCCUCCCGCCCAGCGAGUAGUGUCCUUUGGCCUCAGAUCCCAUUCCAAUUCCAGUUCCAAUUCCAACUCCAGCUCUAAUUCCAAUUCCAACUCCAGUACUAGUGAUCAGAAUCAGCAUAACCCACCGCCACGUAGUCAGAACCAUCAUCCCAGUCCACAUCAUAGUCAGUACCAGUUCCAGUACCAGUACCAAUACCGAUACCAGUACCAUCCACCACACCAGUACCAUCCAUUGCAUAGCCCACAGCAACAGACUAAUCGCCAAUCCCUCCCGCUAACACGAACGAAUUCAAAUUCAAUCAACGCAACAACUUUCAAUUCAACCAAUCCAACAACAAAUAGUAAUCCUACUGAUGUUGUGAAUGUAAAUUCUUGUACCGAUAUAAUUCCUCAUGGGUCUUCGUCAUCGUCUUCGUCUGCGUCUUCGAUGCUGCCCCAACAACAACAACCACAACAACAUCAUAUUAAUAACGCAUCCGCACCCAUCAAUAGCCACAGCCAGGGUCAGGGACCCGGGAAUUCGCCCAAUCUCGGCCACAAUCACCAACGUGGCUACAACAACAACGGCAAUAAUAAUAAUAACAACAACAACAACAGGGGUAUCGGGAACGGAAUCGUGAAUGGUAAUGCGAAUGGACCACCCGAUUAUAUGAACUACCGACGUGGCGUGUGUCCGGCUCUAUCGCGGGACUACUCCGGCAACGGAAAUGGUAAUAACAACGGACAUGGCCACAAUGGACGUCGCUAUAUGUCCGAUCACUUGAACAACCCGUCCUCAUCCAUGAACGGCCUCAUCAAUUCCGGACACCAUCAGCGCAACUACAACGACAGGAACUUGAAUAACCACUUUGGAAACUCUGAGCAGAACGGAGGACCCGACCAUCGGGAUCGAGCUGAGGGCUCUUCGUACAACUUUAUGCGCAACGGAGGAGGUAGCGGAGGCGGUGGCUACGGACGCAAUGGAUCGCACUACCAGCACAUGGCCUAUGGAAACAACAACGGUGCGUCCACUUCGACCGGCGGACCAGGACUUAUGGGUGAACUGCCCUCGGGUUCGGGCCUGUCGGGCUCCUCGCUGUCACUAAACAAUGGACCAGGAGGACUCAACUCGGACAGUCCGUCGCGCAAGCGUCGCCGCAUCUCCGGAAGACCUCAGAACGGACCACAGCCCCAACACCGUUGUCUAAUGGCACACAUGCAGCAGGGAAGUCCGCCGCUGCGACGCCCGCGAUUGCGCGAUGUGGCCACAUCCACGCAGCAGCAGCAACAGCAGUACGGCCAGCAGGUUCAUCAUCCUCAGCAGCAGCAACAGCAGCCGCCAUCCAACUACCAUCCGAUGCACCACCAUCAGCCACAGCCCCACUACGUUCCUCAGCAGCAGGUGCCACCGCCGCACGUCCAGCGUUCUCCGUGGGAUUUGGGCGGCAGUGGUGGAAGCUCUGGUGGAGCCACCUCCAGCAGCUCGGUGGGUCCCAUUCUGCAGCAGGUGCAGGCACCGCCGCAGCCACCGAGUCACCAGCAAACGGUGGGCUAUCCAUCAGCACCGCCACAGCCCGCCUCCCUGAUGGUGGACCUCAAUCUGAACCAGGUGCCCGUGAGCCUGCAGUUGCGUCCCUCGGAGCCCUUCUGGGCCUCCUUCUGCACGUAUCCGAUACCGGCGCAGGCUAGACUUGCACCCUGCCACCUGCACGGUGUCUACACGCAGCCCUUCCCCGCCCCCCCACCACCCGGACUGGCCGCUCCACCACUCCAACAACAACAUCAGCCACUUAUUCAGGCCCAGCAAAUGAUUGCCCAGGCCACGUUGAGCGCCCAGCAGCAGCAGCGGGAUGUGGUGGCCAUUGCAACGGCCAAUCUGGGACCCAUUGAGGCUCCGGGAGCCCAUGGCCAUCCGCACGCCCAUCCACAUGCUCAUCCACAUGCUCACCAGCUGCCGCCGGGCAUCCACAUCACCCCGUUGAGCGGUGCCGCGGCAGCUGCUGCCACCCAUCAUCUACAUUCCACGGCGGCAGCCGCAGCGGCCGUUGCUGCCCAGGCCAGCGCCCAGAUGUCCGCCGGGCCGCAGCAGAUCAUCAUCUCGUCGGACCGCCGCACAUUCCCGCCCCACCGCCGCAUACCGCGUUUCUGGGCGGCGAACCAUGGACAUCGUCACGUCCUGCCGCCGCAGUCGCUCGCCGCCCACCAAGCUCCUGUGCAGAUCCAGGCCACCUCGGGCAUCAUCAACCCCGGCUUCUUGCUCAAUUUCCUGGCCAUGUUCCCGCUGUCGCCUUACAACCAACAUGAUCUGAGCUCUGGCGACACCAAUGAGACGGAGAACUACGAGGCGCUGCUCAGCCUGGCCGAGCGAUUGGGUGAGGCCAAGCCGAGGGGACUCACUCGCAAUGAGAUCGAUCAGUUGCCCAGCUACAAGUUCAAUCCGGAGGUGCACAACGGCGACCAAUCAUCCUGUGUGGUGUGCAUGUGCGACUUUGAGCUACGCCAGCUACUGCGCGUUCUGCCCUGCUCCCACGAAUUCCACGCCAAGUGCGUGGACAAAUGGCUGCGGUCCAAUCGCACUUGCCCAAUUUGCCGUGGAAAUGCCUCCGACUACUUCGACGGCGCCGACCAGCAGCAACAGGCGCAGGCAACAGCCGGAGCUGCGGCUUCUUUGAGCAGCACGUCCGGCGGAAGUGCCGGGGUGGCGGGAACGUCCGCGGCAGCAGCGGCCACCGCCAAUCCCCAGCAGAGCCAAGCGGCCUAGACCCGAAACCCAAUUCCACACACCUCCAGCUUUGGCUUUUCCGGGCGAUGAGUGGUCGGGGCGACGGAGCUUGCCGGGUGUGGAUGGCUGGUUAGCGGCGGGGGAGCCACCUCCCACCACCGCCAUCACUUGAUGUAACGCGCAACGAAUCCAACUGCCAAACCGUCGACGCUUCCUCCUCAGCUGUAAGCCCCCGCCCAACUGGCCACACGUGAUGGAUGCACCCGCUCCGCUCUUCGGCCACGCCCACGCGAAACUCGCCGCCUCUUCAGUAGCUUGUCUUAGACAUUAGUUUGUAUGUGAGUAAUGGUAACCGUAAUUAGGAGUAACCCAUAUAUGCGUACCACCAAGAAUUCAACUAUAGUUAAACAGCGUACAUAUGUACGAAUAUACAUAUAUUUGUGUGUAUGAAGAACCAUAAUGGCCGUAAACCAAGUGUCUGUAUAUAAGCCAAGAUAUGCACAAUAUUCAUAAUAGAAUUUCUUUGCCUUUAAAACUCGAGGAUAUAUCCUAUAAUCCAUUCAAAUAACUAUAUGCGAACAAACAUAGUGUAUUCAAAUGCUUGGCAGCGGUCACUCAAAACCCAGAUGGUUAUGGGGCGUUCAGGAAUUAUAAAUCCCCAGGGGCUUUUCGGGACUCUUUGAGGUAUCGGUGCCAAAUCAAAAUGGUUUAUCUUGAAUUGUUGCUGUCCACACGCAUAGCCAUGAAUAACUCUAUAUUAUUAUAGAAUACACAUUUAAGCAAAGCAAAAUAUUUGUAACUGGGACUUGUGUUUUCACGCUUUUGAGUUAGGCUUGCGUAUUUACUGCUUCCUCUACGUAUUUUGUAUUUACUACCAUUACUUUUAGUUUUUAAUAACAACGUACUAUAUUUACCCUUAUACGACUUACAUAAAAACCAGCAUAAAUAUAGUGCAUUGCAUUUUAUACUAA